CAACAAACGCGUGGCUCGUUUGUUUUGCCGUCUGCAAACAACGAAUUUUGAGGGACUGGGGCUGAUUAUUGAAGGCAGUGUUUAAAAUCAAGCUUUCCUCGAGUUUUAAGUUACAGAAGAACAGGCUGCACCCUUUGUCGUUAUUCUUGUCGAAGUCUUGGUCCACGCGUCGUAAACACAGGAGCACUUGCACGUUCAAUCGUCCAUAAAUCGACAACAAUGAAUUCAACACCAACUAGCAAUCGUUAUACAUUGAUUUCGGAAAAGUCCUCGGGCUAUGAGAGCGAAAAAUACGACUCGUUAUAUCACAAAGUGCACAAACCUAUAUUUCCUCCACCACCUCUGGGCUCAAAGACCAACUCCUGCGAGUUCAGCAACCCUUGUACACCUCUUCCAAAAAAAGUGAACACCCCUACUUUCUCUACUAACUUGCGGUGCGGUAUCUUUCCUCGAUGGGACACACUCUCUAGUGCACAAAAACAUGGAUCUUUUCCGACAAUCCCUCUUUUUUCUAAAAUAACGAAUGCAAGUACUCCUCUGGAAAGUCCGAAACCUAGAACGUCGGUGCCAAUGAGCACAGGCUUCCUCAGCAAGUAUGAACAGAAGCAUUCGGCUUUUAAAGACAUUCAAGGCUUUAGCAGUGUUCCUCCGCAUACUCCUUGCAAGAAGUCCCGGCACUUUCGGAUUAUGGAGCCUUCUACCCCUCCCUCUCCCUCAGUAGCAUACUUUCACGGUUCGCUAAAACGGAGUAAGCUCGAUGACGAAAUGGAGAACAUGGACAUGUCUGAAGAAGAGUUGGAACUGCCUUUCUUGCAUUCAAACGCGUCUCUCGACCAGACAAGCCUUUUCGACACGCCCACAAAGAUCAGAUUUUCUAGCAGCCCGCUAGGAACGAGCUGGAAGGAUGAUGGUGAUCUUGGGUCCGUUCUCAGUUCUACGACGAUGAACAGUGCUCACUUACUGAGUGCAGGCACGGUGGAUGAGUUCACCGACGACUCCAGCGACUGGGUUGAGCGUCUGCAUGAGCAAUUCGCAUUCGUUUAUCCCGAACACGAAGGCGAAUUCUCGAAAGUGUAUCGAGCGACAAACUCAAACAGUCAAAAACCCGACGAAACCGAAGUUUCCGUAGUAAAAGUGACGUGUCGUCGGUUCACCAGCCAAAAAGACAAGAUGCGCCAAUUGCGCGAAGCCACCAUACUUCAAUCACUUUACGGCAAUGAACACAUUAUUGCUAUUCGUGAUUUUUGGGACUGGCAUGGCCAUUUGUUCAUCGAGACAGAAUACUGCCAGAACGGAAACUUUGCAACCUUCUUGGAGGAAUUGAGCAUAGUGCAGCCGCUCGACAGCUUCCGUUUGUGGAAAGUUUCUUUUCAAUUGCUGAUGGCUCUUCACGCAGUGCACGACAACGGCUUUCUUCAUCUCGAUGUUAAGCCGGCAAAUAUAUUCAUUACCCGUUCCGGUGAUCUAAAGCUAGGGGAUUUCGGCAUGGCUACACCCGUACCUGUGCCAGCGGGCACUGAUGUUGAAGGUGACCGCGUUUACAUUGCUCCUGAAGUCCUCACAAAUCAUGAGUAUUCUGGCGCUGCCGACAUAUUCUCUCUUGGUUUGGUUUUGUUGGAAGCCGCGACGAACGUUGUCUUGCCUCAGAACGGACCUAAAUGGCAACAGCUUCGGUCUGCCGACUUUUCUCAGAUCCCUUGGCUUCCGGUUGAACCGCCAUUGCCAUCGUUGCAGCGACAACAACAUGUGUUGCGCGAAAUGAUAUACGAAAUGUUAUCCCCGGACGUCGCUUCUCGUCCAAAAGCCUCGGAUUUGCUUCAGCGACCUGAGUUUGACUGGGUUAAGCGCAAAGCUCAGUUGGGAGCCAUUGUUUUUGAGCCCGUUACUUCUUGGUUGGAUUGAGCAAGUCCGAAGAAAAGACAUCUCUCACGAAGAUGCAACUUCGUUUCCCUGUGAAACAAACGAACAAAAACACAUCCACACCUCCAUACACGCAUUACGAGGGCUAAUGCCAGUCGCAUCGCCCCUUUCUCACUUUUUCCCAUUCCCCGUUCACUCAUUUCCUCCAAUGCACCCUUGGUCAUUAACUCGUGAUUCCCUCUCCAUUGCGCCGGACGCAGCACACUGUUUUUAUCCAUACUCUGGCUUCCAAGCCUUUUCCUAUUGUCUUUCAGUUUCCCUUAACAUUCUUUCUCCGUCGUUAUUCGGGCUAUAUUAUUCAUAAACUUACACCUCUAUUCUCCCUUUCCCGCAUCCCCAUCCCGAAAAUGGAUUGUAUACAUACACGGGGAGUCCUGUUCCCCGCACAUAUAUCGUCUAUAGUAUACAUAGUCUUUCUUUUCAUUAAUGUAUUGACAUA